UUAAUUCUAGGGUUUAUAACUGCAACACAACACAAUUCUCUUUUGUUUUCUCUCUGGAGGUUUUCAAAGGACGCGCGAGCCAAUGGAUUCGUUUUCGUCGCCGAGUGGAUCAUCGUCGCCUCAAUUCUCCUCCGGGGAUUUCAUGGAAAAGUUCAAAACUCAGCUUGCUCAGGCUUACGCUCAAGAGUUCCUUGAGACUGUAACAGGCAAGUGCUUUGAGAAGUGUAUUACUAAGCCAGGAUCAAGCUUGAGUGGCAGUGAGAGUAGUUGCGUUUCUAGGUGUGUGGAUCGCUACAUUGAGGCUACAGGUAUCAUUGGCAGAGCUCUGUUUAAUGCACCCCGCUAAUAUUUUAGUUUUUUUGGAACAAUUUUUAUGUUGCGAUUUCAUGGAGAAACUGCAAAUUAAAGAGUAGAAAUUAUAUUUGGUUUUACAAUUCCAUUCAGUAUGGGGACUAGUCAUUUCCUCUCAUUCAGUCUUCAUAUUUGUAUUUGAUUUUUCAUUGUGCAAACUUGAUGCAUUUGAGAAUUUGACAUGUUUAUGCUGAAAUUAUUGAUAUUUGAAUA